AUCAAAGGUAUUUUUCCUGGAGCGGUGACUGGUCAUGCUGGGGCAACAAAAUGAGAAAUAGUGAAGCAAAAUCGUAAAUAUAAGCAAAUGAGACACCUUGCCGACCUUCGAACGUGUUGAGUUGCAAGGACCACAAGCACCGAAGCGCAUUUAACCCGCCCGGACAAACUCCGCCGACCAGGAGCUUCGAGGAGCCGCAGAAAACCCGUGCAAACUCCAGGAGUAGCGAUCGGUGCCAUGUCAGCUCCCCUGGCCAGAAACUGGCCUUACAUUUGGCAACAACUAAAUGCCCUGCUGCACAACACCUCGCCGGUGAUCACCCUGAUCUGCGUGGUGACCACCUUCGGCUACCUGCUCUCCUUCUCGGAGACCGCCAUCCUGCUGCUAAGCGUUACGCCCGGCUACAUCCUCCCCAACGGCAAAUUUUGGAUAUGGACCGCCUUCACGUUCUGCUUCAUCGAACUCCACUGGUGGGAGGUGGCCGUCGACGUGGUCACUGUGGGUCUCUGCGGCAAGAUGCUGGAGCCACUGUGGGGCCAGCUGGAGAUGUUUAAGUUUUUCGCGUUGAGCAACUUCGGAGUCUCGUUGCUGACCACUGUUUACUACCUGUUCUACUACAUGGUCACCAAGAAUCCGACAAUCCUUUUCGACGUCCACAUCCACGGCCUGGCCGGCUACGUGGCCGGCAUCUGCGUGGCCGUGCGCCAGAUAAUGCCCGACCACCUGAUCUUCAAAACGCGCUACGGACGUUUAACCAAUAGGAAUGUUCCGCUUACCGUGCUAAUUAUGGCUAUUAUCUUUUGGGCUAUUGGAAUGCUGGAUGGCACAUACCCGGCCAUGUUUGCUUCCGGAUCUCUGGUCUCUUGGAUAUAUCUACGCUUCUACCAACACCAUCCGAAUGGGCGUGGCGACAGCUCGGAGAGUUUCACGUUUGUCAGCUUCUUCCCGAACGUAUCGCAGCCGUUUAUCAGCGUGUUGGUUAAUCCCAUUUACAACUGCUGCUUGCGGGCGGGCGUGGUCAAGACUCCCACGCCACUACGGACGAUAUCUACCGCCAGCCUGACGUCGAUAUCGGUGCAAAUGCCGGGCGUGGAUCCGCACGACAUUGAGCGAAGGCGUCAAAUUGCCUUAAAGGCGCUCAGCGAGCGCUUGAAGGCCACGGACUCCACUCGUCACGCGCAGCUGCCGAAGUCGUUUCCGCAGCAGCAACAACUGCAGCAGCAUCAUCACCAGCAUCUGUCGCAUCAGCAGCAAAAGCAUCACAGCCACGGAGGCGGGCACAGUCACAGCCAUGGAGCGGGCCACAGUCAUGGGGCGGGACAUGGCCACAGUCACGGUCCUGGUCCCGCUCAGACGCCGCAGCCCGACUUCCUGAAGCCCACCGGCAGCUCCAGCCAGCUGCCUAUCACAACUUCGCGGGCAGAGCCGCGCAUGAUCAGCACAAUGAGUCCGAUCGCAAUACCCAUGCCGGCUCCACCGCCCAAGGAGGGAAAUGCUCCGGGUCAGGGAGCUGAGUCCUCAGCCGGAGGCGGAGCUACACUUAUCAACCUGGACGACGUACCAUCCUCGUCAUCGACGGCUUAGACAGUGGUUCUAUGCGAACAUUCAUGAAUUUUUGAUAUUUAAACGAAUGAUCUAAUGAUUUACGCCCAUGUUUUGUAUGAUCCUGCAUUAAGUACGUACCCGCCCCAUCCGUGUUCCCCUUUUGUAAUUACCGUUUGUGUGUUUCGUAGUGUCCUGUAGAUUUACGCUUGCUUGCUGCGCACAACGCAGGCCGUGCUCCAAGGAACAGUGAAGUAAUAUCGAGAAAGCAAAAAGAAAUACCUUCCAGGCGAAAUGAGAAAAACUAGAGCCUUUAAAUAGAUGCAUACUUUCUGUUGUAGUCUUUACAUGUAAUUGAAAAUGAUGCUUUAUUUAGUUAAUAACUGUAAAUAUAUUUAAAAAGUCAGAAAUUA